AUGGCGACCGAGUCGCGUGAAUCAGAGCUCAAGCAGCAAGGCGCGCUUGAAGCCGCCAAAGACCCCAAUUCUUCCGUCACCGCCCAACAGGCUGAGAAGUCGGUCGUCGAGCAAGCCCGGGCCGGCGGCAGCGCGGCCUUCCAGUUCGACCCCGACGCCAGUCCAGCAGAGAAGCGGGCACAGGCAAGAGCGCGUGUGCCCGUUGGCUUCCACCACGAGCGGAACAAGAAUGCUACGGCCCUGGUCUCGGAUGCAGACGACAAUAGCGCAGCGACCAAGUACGACCUCCCCCCACCCUCCAAGGCGGGCGCCGUAGAUUCCCCCACAGACCCAGAUUCGAUAAAGGCAAACGGCCAUGCGCCCGGUCAAGACGACGACGCUCGAUGGGAACGCGUGGGUUGGGCGCCGCGAUUUGGCAUGCCCGGCUCCGAAGACCCCGACCAAGACGAGGGCACCCUCGCCGACCACCAGACGUGGCUCGAGAGCAGGAUAGAGGACAAAUUCUUCGGCGACUGGUACCACAACACGGGCAUCAUCAUCUUCGCCUGCCUGACCUCGUGGGUCGUGGGCAUCCUGGGCGGUGGGCUGGGAUGGAUCAUGCUCUUCAUGGCUGUCUGCGGCACCUACUACCGCACCUCGAUUCGCCGCGUCCGCCGCAACGCCCGUGACGACCUCAACCGCGAGAUGGCCAAGAACAAGCUGGAGACGGACACGGAGAGCCUAGAGUGGAUCAACAGCUUCCUCGUCAAAUUCUGGCCCAUCUACGCCCCGGUGCUGUGUGACACCAUUGUGGGCUCCGUCGACCAGGUGCUGUCCACGUCUACGCCUGCAUUCCUCGACAGUUUGAAGAUGAAGACGUUUGUCCUCGGCACGAAGCCUCCGCGCUUGGAGCACGUCAAGACAUACCCCAAGACCCAAGACGAUAUCGUCCUCAUGGACUGGAAGUUUAGCUUUACGCCCAAUGACACGGCCGAUCUUACAUCGAGGCAGAUCAAGAACAAAAUUAACCCCAAAGUGGUGCUCGAGAUCCGCAUCGGCAAGGGCCUUGUCAGCAAGGGUCUAGAUGUCAUCGUCGAGGACAUGGCCUUCUCCGGUCUGAUGCGCCUCAAGUUCAAGCUGCAACUGCCCUUCCCGCAUAUUGAGAAGGUCGAGAUGAGCUUUUUGGAGCGGCCGACCAUUGACUAUGUCUGCAAGCCGCUUGGCGGCGAGACGUUUGGCUUCGACAUCAACUUCAUCCCCGGCUUGGAGACUUUCAUCAUGGAGCAGAUACACGCCAAUCUCGGCCCGAUGAUGUAUGAUCCCAACGUCUUUCCCAUCGAAAUCGCAAAGAUGCUUGCAGGCAACCCCGUGGACCAGGCCAUCGGCGUCUUGCAGGUCCACUUCCACGGUGCGCAGGGGCUGAAGAAUCCCGACAAGUUUUCUGGAACGCCUGACCCGUACGCAACUGUAUCCAUCAACAACCGCGCUAUGCUCGCACGCACCAAGACGGUUCAUGAGAAUGCUAACCCGCGCUGGAAUGAGACUGUGAACAUCAUUGUUACCUCCUUGAAGGAUUCGCUCACCAUCAACCUCUUCGACUACAAUGAUAUUCGCAAGGACAAGGAGCUUGGUACCGCAACGUUUGCGCUUGAGCAACUCGAAGAAGAUGCCGACCACGAAAACUUGCAUCUUGAGGUCAUGUCCGGCGGCCGAGCGCGUGGCAUCGUUCAGGCUGACGUGCGCUUCUUCCCGGUUUUGGGAGGCGCAACCCUGGAGGACGGCACUAAAGAACCUCCACCAGAGUCAAGUACCGGUAUCUGCAAAUUCACAGUGGAGCAGGCCAAGGACAUGGAUGGUAGCAAGAGCAUCAUCGGGCAGCUCAGCCCCUAUGCCAUCCUGCUCCUCAACGGGCGAGAAAUCCACACGUCGAGGACCAUGAAGCGGACCAACCAGCCCAUCUGGCCGGAUGCGUCCAAGGAGUUGCUCAUCACCGACCGCAAAAAGGCCAAACUCGGAAUCGUCAUCAAGGAUGACCGCGACCUUGCGGCAGACCCCAUCCUGGGAACAUAUCAAAUUACCAUUGAUGACAUGUUGGACCUCAUGGGCAAGGGUCACGAAUGGUUCAACCUCGCUGGAGCUCAGACUGGUCGCGUAAAGAUGAAGCUCGAUUGGAAGCCUGUGGCUCUCAAGGGUGCACUAUCAUCUGGCGGUUACCUCACACCGAUCGGUGUCAUGAGGCUGCACUUCCAGAGCGCCCGUGAUCUGCGAAACGUGGAGAAGCUGGGCAAGUCGGAUCCCUAUGUCCGCGUCCUGCUCUCCGGUCUUGAAAAGGGCCGGACCGUGACUUUCAAAAACAAUCUGAAUCCAGAUUGGGAUGAAGUUGUCUACGUGCCCGUACACACGGUGCGUGAGAAGCUGACGCUUGAGGUCAUGGAUGAAGAGAAUCUCGGCAAAGAUCGUUCUCUUGGCCAUGUCGAGCUUUUGGCCGGCGACUACAUCAAGCAGAACGAGGCUGGCGAUUACCUUAUAAAUGAGCAGAAACAGCCCUCUUCGGGGGCCCUCAGAAUGGCCGGACACUCACAAUCGAAGGGUAACCUGAACUACACGUGCUCGUUCUACCCCACCUAUCCAGUAUGGGAUCCUGAAGAGGACGAGGAAGAGAAGAAGGAAGAGACUGUUAGCACGCCAAAUGGUGUUGCGCGUCCGGCUUCCACGACGACUGCAGGAUCCAAGGCGGGAUCACUACAUCAGAGAGCCCUUUCUGGCACCUCGGCCAUUACUCGCUCCGAAACUGCAGGCACCUUCUCCUCGAUAAAGUCCAGUGAGGCUGACCUGGCCAAACAACUCGAGAAGAAUGAAAUGCACCAAGACGAACACAUACCGGAGACUAAGAAGAUCGAGAAACUGAAACUGACUGCUGAUGACCUACAGCAGUAUGAAUCUGGUCUCCUAGUCUUCAAGCUCAUUGACGGCGAGUUUGCGGGAACAGGCGGCUACGUCGAUGUCCUUAUGGAUGACAUGGCGUAUGCUAGCUACUCCAGUGCCAAGAUCAAGAGCAAGAACAUGACCUUCAACGAAGUGGGCGAUGCGAUGAUUCGCGAGCUGGACUUUUCCAAGAUCACCCUUCGCAUCAUUGAACAUAUUGACAAAGAUGGCGACGGUGACGAAGACCAUGUCAUUGCUAAGCUUACAGGAAACACCAUCGAUACGCUACGGAGCUGCUUGUACACCCCCACUCAGCUCAUCUUGAAGGACAAGCACGGUCGCGAGAACAAGAUUACCGUCAGUCUCAAAUACCUUCCCGUCUAUAUGCGCCUCGAUCCAAGCGAAUCCUUCAACAACCAGGGCACCCUGCGCGUUGAUGUUCUGGAUGCCGCCGAUUUGCCAGCCGCCGAUCGUAACGGCUACUCGGAUCCUUACUGCAAGUUCCUCCUGAACGGAAAAGAUGUCUAUAAGACGAAGACGCAAAAGAAGACACUUCACCCGGCGUGGAACGAGUACUUCGAGGUGCCCGUGCGAAGCCGUACCGCAGCCGACUUCCUGGUCAACGUCUACGACUGGGACUUUGGCGACAAAGCAGAUUUCCUGGGCAAGUCGACCAUCAACUUGGAGAUCUUGGAGCCGUUCCAGCAACAAGAAGUUACACUCACCCUGGAUGGCAAGUCGGGCGUGAUCCGCCUCCGGAUGUUGUUCAAGCCAGACUAUGUGGUGCGUUCUCGACAAGGCUCAUCUACCUUCUCUGGAACCUUUGCUGUCCCCGGCAAAGUCAUCGGCGCGCCUGUUAAAGGUGUCGGCAAGGGCGCUGCUUUCGUUGGCGGUGGCGUAGUACGUGCCGGCACCUUCCUUGGCCGCGGUUUCAAGCGCAGAAAGUCUCGCGGCGCAAACGGGGACGAGGACUUUGAGCGCCCUGACUCGUCACCUCGCGCGUCUGCUGACGUUCCAAUCGUCUCUGUAGAAGGCGAUAGUACGGGCGGCAAAGAAAGCCCGUCCAAGGAUAGCCCAUCAAACCAUAACAGACAUCGCAGCUGGGGUGCGCAGAGCUUCCAUAGCCGCUUUGGUGGCGAAGGCGCUCCAGGCGCAGGCGGCGGCGAACAAGGCACGGCAAACAUCUCCGUCGUGAGUGCAGAUGGCUUCCCACCCAAUACCAACCUGCGCGUCCAUGUCCAAUUGGGCAAGAAGGAAGUCCACAAAACAGACCACAUCAAGACCACUUCAGGGAGCGUAGCCUUUGAAGACGAAUCUUUCAAGGUUCCCUGCACCGCCGACUCGUUCUUCAAAAUCACCGUCAGGGACCAUAAAGCUUUUGGGCGCGACGAAGAACUGGGUGACGCGCAGUUCACGGUCGAUGACCAAGGCAGUGGCAGCGAGAAGAACGUUGGCGUGGGCAAAGGCAUGGUCGUUGUCCGGACUAGUUUCCAAGCUGCGGAUGCGACGAGCGCCGUGGGCAGCGUGAGUCCAAGGCCGGAAAAGGGCAGCAGGAGAGGACUGCUAUCCCGGGGGAAAGACAGGGAGAAGAGCGCUACACCGGCUUAG